UUAGCCAAUUGGCAGUGAGCUUACCUGAUUGCAGGGUAUGAUUUAAUCAGUGCCGCAACAAGAGGUCAUUGCAAGCGAAGAAGAUACAAGCUAGACGGACAAGCGGACUAGAAAUACCAGGGGGUCCUAGUAAUUAUCAGAAUGGCCGUGAAGAAAAGUAAAAGCGUCGCUCUGGAUAGCCAUAAUCUGAAUCCACUCUUUUCAAUGAUGAAGGGUUACGGUCCGCUAAUGGCCCUCGGAAUAAUUGCAGUGCUGUCUGUCUGUGCAGCAUUCUUCAUUUACCGAUCUACACGGGUUCAAAGUGAAAGAAACGGCGAGAAAUCAGUGACUGAGACUGAGGAGGAAGAGGAGACUAAUACAAUUCCGAAGAAGAGGAGAAUGGAAAAUAAGCACGUUAAGUUCGAGUCAACAGGGAUUAUGGAUAAUGCUCAGAUCUCAUCUAGACUUCACAGCAAGGACCAGGACGAAGGCAAUGAAGCCUCAAACACAUACCAGUCAUCAGAGCGUUGUGGGAAAGCACAGGGAUAUCGCCAAGAGUCUGUCACUGACCACACCUCAGUUCACAAUGGGUCCUGUGCCUCUCCGACCAGCUGCGAUGGUUUCCUUGACCAGCCUGAAGUGGAGGCUGAAUUGAUGGAUGAUGCUGCAGAGCAGAGAGGAAUGCAAGUAGGAUCUGAUGAGGACUUGUUUGUUGGCCAGGAUAAUCAGCAGGGCUUUAUAACAGAAGGUCAAAUGCAUGCUACUGUCAGUGAAUCAUGGGAAGAUUUGUCAGGAUGUUUUGAGAAGGUCUGCUACAAAAUGAGUGAUUUGCACGAGAAGAACAUGAGUGAUAAUUCACCUGCUCAGAAUAGUUCCUGUGUAGUUGACAGUGCUUAUGAGGAUGGAGAAUCAGAAACAGAGAAGAGUUGUGGGGCUCAGAGUUGCAGCUCUUCAAAUGAUUUUGCAUAUUACCAGCAAAGUGGUCAAGACAGUCCCACUGAGCAUUUAGUGAAGGAUGACCUUUUGGAAGACAAAAGAGAAAUUGAAGAGCUGACAUGGGGAAUGCAAGCAGUAGAUGUAACCAGCAAGGGCCUAGUGGACAUGACCGUCCACCACCGUGAGCAGGAAAUGCCACUUCACCGUUACACUCAUGACUACCUGAGCUUUUCCCCUGUGGGUGCCACUAGGCUGAUUGGAGAGUCCCCGGUGACCAAGACUGCUGAUGUGUGCCCUGUGGUGCAGACCCAGACUCCGAGUGCCAGAGGGGACGUUCCAGUGGAGGACAAGACGGAGAUCAACAUCAUGGAGGCCACCAUGGACAACAACGAGUGGCUGACCGGAAACGAGAGCCGCAGUGACUGCCCUUGGCUGAGUGUGAGCGAUGGUGGCGAAAGCUCCUCUAUGGCUGAGGAAUCUCAACAGGACGUCGAGUGGGACACCGAGAAAUCGGAGGCCUCUGAGGAGCUCUCAGCCGUGUACACCUCCUCCGAUGAUGACGACCCUGCAAUGAAGCGAGUUGCGACUGUUCCACCCAUGCUUCAGACGGUGAGCGUCACGUUCUCUGUCCACUACAUCACUGAUGCACCUAACCAGCUUCUUGCAGUCACUGGGGAGCUGCUGGAGCUUGGCGGCUGGCAGGACUUUGUUCUGCUUCAGAGAGGCAAGAACGGGUUCUGGGCCAACACGAUCACCCUCCCAGUGGAGAGCCAGGUCGAGUGGAAAUUUGUGCUGGUUGAGGAUGACAAGAUCUGUCGCUGGGAAGAGUGCAGUAACCGCCACUUAGUGCUCACGGGCCACGAAGAUGAUCUCCAUGUGCAAGGAUGGUGGGGUUGCCUCUGAACAGGGUGCUCGUCCUGCAAUAUGGAAAAAAUACGAUAUCUAUAGCAAUAAUGUUAUCUGGCAAUAUUGAUUUAAAGAGCAAUAUUUAUAGUGAGAUAUUUGAAGGAAGUUGUAUAAUUUUGUGUUUAAAAUGCUAGUUAAUGCAGCAUGAGGAUGUGGCAUCAUGAGAGCUUUGGCCAUUCAGAGGUCAAAGUGUUUAUUUUGCACUGAACAAUAGCAAUAUUUUCUUCAUGCUGCUUGUUUGUUUUUAAAACCUAUGAAUGUAAUGGCAAUGUUGAUGUGUGUGUUUUUUGAAUCCUCUAAACGUCAAGUCUUUAUCCAAGGUACACUAAUAACUUAAAGUGGUCUUGUGUAUUUGUCUGUUACUGUGUAGGCUACUGAUUUAAUCUGACAAUUAUUAACUUCAGUGGAAUGUCUAGAAUUGUUUUUCAAUAUGGUUUAAUUGUUUUUGUCCAAUAUAUGCAACAUUCCACAUUGACCCUUUUAAAUUCACUUUAAAGAAGUUUUUUUUGUAGUCACCUAUAUUUCUAGUAUAGCUCUACUGCAGUAAAUCCUUAUUUUACAGAACUGUUAAUGUUGAGAUGAUAUGCCUUCUCCCAGCUAUCCUUGAUGCCUUUAAUUCUACAGCAAUAUGUAUAGGUCCGUGUUACAUGUUUUACAGCGCAUGCGUUUUUAUUUCCAGGGCUUGUGUUGAUUUUAAACCUUUUCAGUUUUGAUAAUGUUCCACCAUCAGUUCUAGGUGAGGGCCACACUGAGCACAGUCCAAAAAUAAGCAUAUAUUGACUUUUCUUUUUUAAACUUUGUUCCAAAAGCGUUCUAUUUGCACUGUAAGCGUUCACUGAUGUCACAUUUUGGUUGUCUGCCCUGACUGUUAAUUGACUUUUGCAUUUCAAAUAUGUACCCAUAAUGGUCCAUGAAAGGAAUGUGUGUUGUAUGAAGUACAAUGUAUUUUGAUAGUGUCUAUGUAUGAAUGCCAUUUUGUCAUUGAAAUUGAUCAUAUUACCUUGUAUUGGGAAAAAAAUAAUAAAGAAUUCCUUCACUUA